AUGGCGGCACCCUUGCAGCACUUCCGGCUUGUCCCGGCGAUGUGGCGAUGGCGGCUCCUGGGGCCGCUCCGGGCCGGGGGAGGUCCCGGCGGCGUCGCGGUUCCCCGGGCGGGGCUCAAGAAGUUGGCGCUGCCCCCGGAUUACAGCGGGAUCACCAUCCCGGAGAAGCCGAAGCUGAAGUUCAUGGACAAGGUGCCGGCAGUGCCCAAAGUCCGACGGGAGCCCCGGCAGCUCCGUGACAUCCGUGGCCCAUCCCAGGAAGCCACUGACUUCACCGAGGGACAGUACGGGAUCCUGGCUUUGGGCGGGGGGUACCUGCACUGGGGCCACUUUGAGAUGAUCCGCCUGACCAUCGGCCGCAGCAUGGAUCCGAAAAACAUGUUCGCCGUGUGGCGCGUGCCUCCCCCUUCCAAGCCAGUGACGCGAAAAAGUCUGGGACACCGGAUGGGGGGCGGGAAGGGCCCCAUCGACCACUACGUGACGGCGGUGAAGAGCGGGAGGCUGGUGGUGGAGGUGGGCGGGCACUGCGAAUUUGGGGAGAUCCAGCCCUUCCUGGCCCGCGUGGCCCAGAAAUUGCCCUUCCCGGCCGUGCCUGUCAGCCGGGAGAGCCUCCAGGAGAUGCGGCGGGAAGAGGAAGAGAAGAGGCUGAACAACCAAAAUCCCUGGACUUUCGAGCGCGUGGUGACCUCCAAUAUGUUGGGGAUGAGGAAAUAUCUGAGCCCCUAUGACUUGAAGCUCAAGGGACGCUACUGGGGCAAGUUUUUCCUGAAGCACAGAGUGUGAGGAGCAGCUGGAUUCCUUUUGGAAUUAAACUUUUCCAUGAGAGUCUGGAGUAGGGCU